CUCGACUCCCAGUGACCUAGGGGGUCGUUGUUGGCCUUCAUGGAGAUGUCUGUUCAAAAUGUAUUUGUGGCAAACAUGAACGGGGCUUGACGGAAUUUGCUAUGUACGCUUUUGCCAUCCAGUGAGAUACUUGGUGGCGAGAUCUUCCUGCCACUUGACUGAAACUUCUCACUUCUACUUUCGGCAAGUUACGGCAUGUGCCUAAGCCACAGUCUUCAGAAAUAGCCUUCGUGAUUUUAAUAAUUUGUGCAACCACGGCAACUCUUCCUACCUUUUGGCUUUGAUAUGAUUCAUUAACAAUACUGAUAUGAAGGCCGCAAACUUUGCCUUUCUGGGACUCUUCCAGUCUCUGUUGCAAUUGACUUAAUUUGACCUUCUCUAAACUUUUGAAUGCACAUGUUGAAGUACGUUUUUACACAAUUUGCGUGUUCAUUUUUGUCAUCAAGAUUAAAUUAAAUCACCGUGUUUGGUUUUAUGGAAGAAAAACAUCCAUUGUGUCUAAAAUUAAUAAUCUGGGGAUUCGACGCACAUCACAUGGGCGAGGAGGAGGGACGUUCAUGCGCCCUCGGAAACACCACGUUCGACAUGUAGACGCAGUUUUUGGACUACUUCAACCCAAGACAACUUUUUACCUUUUUGAAUCUUAUUAGAAGAUGACGCACUCUUACAGUCAGCGGUCCGUCGUUGUUCUGUCUCUCUUGGGGAUCCUAUCGGCCAUUAUGUCCGUUUUGUCGGUCAUCCUGAUCUUCCAGCUGCAGCAACAACACACGGCCAUGAAGGAGUACAGCCCCUCGGUCGUACCGACCCACGUUCGGGCCUUUUUGCCUUCGGUGUCCACGGUGCUGUCGGCUUUGUCGCUCACACUUAACCUGAGCUCGUUGGUGGUCUGUCUGCUCCAUGGCUACUUUUCCACCGAGGUGUGUCGAGGGGAAUUGGAUAAAGAAAGAGCAGACUGGUUCUUCUUGGACACCAGAGCCGAGCGACAUGUGGCCAUCGGGUUGUUCUGCCUUGGAGUUUCAGUCUAUUUAGCAGCUAUGUCCAUUUUUAUGCUGCUCAUAUUUGAGGCCGAGACGGGAAUCGCCAGCGCUUGCGUCCUGGCCUCCGGCAUCUUGAUCCUUCUAGUGGUGGUGAUCCACUUCCUCGUCAAGGUUUCGCGAGUGGCUAAACGCAACCGGGAAGACCGUCUCCAAACUCUCUUUCGCAACGAGCACAGAAGCAGCAGCAACAGUGCCGUGUCUUGGCCCUGCGAGCUAAAAAUCGGCGUGGACAAACUGCGAGUGCCCCGCAGAGAGUCGCACCUCCAGCAUCAAAUGUCGUUCACGCCUUCCGGCAGCCCCAGACAUCAACCGCAGGAGGAGUACGGCCCAGUCGGAGAAGAACCGCAAGGCCAUUCGAGCAACGUUGACGGCUACGGCGGCGGCUGUCCUCGCUCGCACCGGAGUUUAUCUUCAGACUCGGUUUUACUAAAAGCUAAACCCUGGAACGGCGUCAACAACGAGAUGAGGAGCGUCCUGGCGCGCAAGUCCGGCAUUUCGGCAAAAGACUCGACCUUGGUGUAAUGCGGAAGAGGAUUUCAUUACAUGUAAUAGCUUUAAUGAUUCCAGAGCACCUGGAAAUGGAGCUAAAAAUCCACUCUGAUGACUCCAUCAUUAAUCAACUGAUAAAUUACUCCAGUUGUGAUCAUGUCCUGUAUAUAAUUUUGAACUUUCUGUCCUUUGAAUAAAUGAAUUUUACAGCUAAACGUUUUAUUUUUUUUGUAGGAACCAAAUUUUGGAUUUUGGAAAUCACCGCUUUAUUGUACACACUGUGCCAUCUUUGUUACGGUAUGUUGUCCCAAAUGUUUUAGCGCCGAUAUGAAUUAAAUCAAUCCUUGGAAAAAUACACUUCUGUGGUACUUGUUUUCCAAUAGGAGAAGCUACUGACCUUGCACAAAGCUCUGUCAUGAGGAAGAUGAG